UGGAUUAGUGUUGCAGGCUUUGCUUCUUAGCAUGGCUGUUGGUGUAUAUUGGACUGGAGCAGUUUCUCGACAGACCCCGCUUAUUUCCUUCUUGUGUCUGAUUAUUCUUCAAACGGGGAACCCCUCCUCCAAAGCAAAUCUCAUUGGGACAACAGAGGUUGCUGUUGCUAGUUUUGCAGAGUGCGCAAUGCUGGGAGUUGCAAUGAUUGCAAAUGAUGUUUCACAUUUUGGAAUUCUGGCAGUGUUGUCUCUUGCAUCAGUGGUUGCUGCGGCUUGGAUAUUUUGCAGAUGGUUGCUGAAUGGAACUGAUGACCGGAAAGCCUUUUCUCCUGUGAUCCUCACUUAUGAUUUUUAUGGAGUUGUUCCGUUCGACAAGAACGCGAGCCAGAAUACAUAUUUGAAUUUAUUUGAUAUUGCUGGACGAGGAGGGCUGGUGAAACUUUUUCUCCUCACCAGGUUAUUACAAAUUAAUAGAUAGGCAUUGCUCGUGUGAAAAAUUAGAAUAGGUCCAACGUAUGUUUUUCCUUAUACGCAUCGUGAUUAUAGUGCACGAGGCUAAUAAUCAAUCGAAGUCUAAACAAAAUAGAAUGUGUGAAAAUUGACAGGCUUGAUGUGAAAUGAAGACAAAGCGAGUACAUGCACUGGGAUGGUA